AUGGGUUUUCAGUGCAUCCACCAACAUUUCAAGAUGCUCUACCUCAGGGGCUUCAUUGUUUGUAUCUGUUGUAUGGUUCUCCUCAUUGUCCAGUCAGGUCAUGGCUCUGAGAUUAUUGAUGGGAAAGAAGUGACGCCUCACUCACUGCCCUACAUGGCUCUGCUGCAGAUCAAAACUCCCAAGUGUGGAGGCAUUCUGAUCAGUCCAGACUGGGUCCUGACUGCUGCCCACUGUGGAGAAAUCCAGGAAGUGUUGCUGGGGGUGCACUCCAUCAAUCAAAAGGAAAAGGACUCCAGGCAGGUGCAAAAGGUCAAGAGGUUUCCUCACCCCUGCUACGAUGCGGAUGACAAUGGCAACGACCUCAUGUUGCUCAAGCUGAAUAAAUCAGUGACGAAAACCAAAACAGUGCAAUGGCAUGAGUUGCGUAACAACAUUAAAGCCCCAACUGCCGGCAGCAAAUGCCUCGUGGCUGGAUGGGGGAAAACAAAGAACAAUGCCAGGGGGAUGUCCAAUGUUCUGAUGGAAGUCAAUGUGACCGUGAUCGACAGAAAGAAGUGCAACUCGCCCAAAUAUUACAACCUCAAACCUUUUAUCAGCAGCAGCAUGAUAUGUGCCGGCACAGACGGUAACAACAGCGCAGAUACCUGUGAGGGGGAUUCAGGAGGGCCAAUAUUGUGCAAUGGACAGGUAAUCGGAGUGACUUCUUUUGGAGCAAAAUGUGGCCUAAAGGAAAAGCCUGGAGUGUACUCGUUUCUCUCUGAAAAACAACUCAAAUGGAUCAAAACGACCAUGAAUAAGCCUGACAUAUAAUCAGUUUAUCUCGUUUUUCUCACCAAAGUUAACCACUGCCACUUGCCUGUCUGUCAACCUCCAUUUUAUUCUUAUAGAUCUUCUAUUUUACUUCUGCUUAAUAGUUUUCGCUUAAGAGGAAUUAGAAGUGAACGUUUAUCACAAAUGGUUAAGACGUUUUUAUUGCCUGUUUGCCAAAAAUCAGCCCUAGCUUUAGCUAGCUAGUUACAGCUAAAAAAAAAACAUCCCGACAACAGUUGCCACUUUGGGCAGUAAAGGGCCUGUUUAUAUCGUUAAUGCAAGUCCAAUUAGUAAAUCUGCUGUCCUUACAGUAUAAAUGUAACUAUCUAUUUGGAGAUGAAAGAGAGCACCAAAGUGGCACCUAACAAGUCAACAAAAGAGGCUCACUCUCUGAUUAAAAAGACGUGGGUUUUUGUCAUAAAGGUUCACUCUUUGGCAUGUCUCAUUAUCUCUUCAUUAUUGAUGCAUGUAUAUGGAUGCAAGAAAUCCCUAUCAAUGACAUUAGAGCAGCACCUUAAAGAUCUGUGUUUCAAUUUUCUUGUUUCAGUUUGUGUAAAAGCAAUGUUCAAAUAAAAAACUUUUGAUG